CAAACAACUUGCCGUAUUGCCACACUGGCAAAAGGGGAAAGCUUCCUGUGCAACGUCAAGGAGAAGAAGGAGAAGGAGAAGGAGAAGAAGAAGAAGAAGAAGAGGAAGAAGACAUCAAGGAGAAGGAGACUAGCGAGAGAUCGAUCGGAGAGGGAGACAUGGUGCACGGGAAGCUGGAGGUCCUCCUCGUCUGCGCCAAGGGCCUCGAGGACACCGACCUCUUGAACAACAUGGACCCAUACGUGAUCCUCACUUGCCGCACUCAAGAGCAGAAAAGCAGCGUUGCAAAAGGAGCAGGAAGCGAGCCUGAAUGGAACGAGACCUUCGUUUUCACCGUCUCUGGCGAUGUUCCGGAGCUCAAUGUCAAGAUCAUGGACAGUGAUACCUUCUCAGCUGACGAUUUUGUCGGUGAGGCAAACAUUCCCCUGGAGGCAGUGUUUCUGGAAGGCAGCCUUCCUCCGGCCGUCCACCGGGUCGUCAAGGAGGAGAAAUACUGUGGAGAGAUCAAGGUUGCUCUCACCUUCACUCCAGCAGAGGAAACUCGCCAUCAUCACCGCACCGAGGAGGAGGGUUACAGCAGCUGGAACUGAUACCUGCUAACGUGCAUCAACGACAGGGGAUCUUUCCUCAAGAAUUAAUACGCUUGUCAACAAUUCUCUGUGUGUGCGCGCUUCUUCUUCUUCUUUUCUUUUUGCGGGGAAAUACUGUGUGUUAACAUGUCAUAAUAACUGAAGUGGCUAUUAAAAUGCAUCACCAUUUUACCUGAACUACUGCUUGUAUGUAUUAAUAUACUCCAUGGAUUUUUUACGUUUGAUC